UCACGAGAGAGCUCCCACUGGCGCGUGAGAACGAGAAAGAGACAAAGACAGAGAGGGUGAGCAAAAACGUGAUCAAGCUUUUCCGAAGCUUACUACAGCGCGGAUCACAGCUUUUAGUGAUCAUUCUGACUCAAGCAUCCACCCGAAUAGGAUCAGCAGAGCUCCACUAAAAAAACAGCAUUUCCUUCCGGUUUCAAGCAGAAGCCUCACCAGGCGUGCGUGUGCUGUAAUUGCUGUAAUCAUUUCGACGCGAACGCUCAACGUGAUCAGACAAGGUUUACCGUCCGUAGAAAGAACUUCACAGUGACUGUUUGACUAUCCAAAGUGCGCGUGUGAAUAUUUGCUGCCCCAGUGACUGAGGACACAGUUCGCGUUAGUUCCGUGCAGUGUUUACUUCCUCGUAUUGAAACAAACCCACCCAACACCGACCAUGAACACCCGUCAGCUGCUAGUGGUCGGACUGAUCGUCCUGCUUACCGUGGCCACCGUGUGCGAUGCCCGCCGACGCUUCCCGAACCGGCGAAGAGGUCCUUCGCGCAAAACGCUCAAACAGCUGUACUACGAAUCGCGCGAAACGAACACACCGAACUUUGUGCGGCUGGUGCUGAUGCGACUGAUCUACGGUAUCGCCACCCAGAUGGGCGUCGAGGAGCGGCUGGACAAUGUGUUUGGUGGUGCUUUCGUCCCACCGAAUGCUGGCGAUGACAGUUCCGACUUUUUCGACGUGCUGAGCGACGAAAGUGGCGAAGACUUCAGCUUCGGACUGUGAGAACGUACAAAACAGCACCUCAGGAAAAACCAACGGAAAAUCACAUCAAACGGAUGGCAAAAAAAUGCUCCACGUAGAAGGGCAACCAAACUGCUGCUACCAACAAUAAACUCCAAUCAGUAUUGCGAAAGCGACCAGGGAAGUAACCACCGAUCGUAACGCACGCCAGUGUCGUCCACCGAAGAAGCAGCCAACCCUUUUGCCAACCCCCUGCUCACCCCACAUUCUUAGACCCAACCGGGGGAACAACCGGAAUGCUGCUACCGUUUCGGGCGCGCUGUCCAGCGGAACGAGAUAACGAAUGUUUGCCGUUUUUUGUUUUUAUUUUGCUUAAUCUUCACUUCCCGGACACAACGGUCUUUCUUUAUUGCAAUGGCAAAACGAUAAGCCACGGUAACGAGCGUGCUGAUCCAGCCAGAUCCAGCCUGGUGGUCGCCUAUGCGCUACCUCCUUUCAGCGGAUUUACGGAUAAGCUAAAAUAAGCCACCCGAAAGCCAAGAAGGAGCAGUAACAGAAACACUAGACAGGGAGAGAACAGUGAGCACUGGACUGGGCGCAGACUACCCCAACACACCUAUUAACGUGCUCCACCACCCCCCCCCCCCCCACCCCCCAACGAGCUAACACUGGUGUUGAUGUUUGGCAAUUAAACUGUCGAAAAGAAGAGUGAAGUUUUGGGGAAUGUGGAUCGAGUUCGUCGUUCGGAAAAACAUUUUCCCCGAAACCCCUUUUAGCGUGAUAGUGUUUAUUUUAAAGAGCGAACGAACAGGCAGCGAGAACAAUUGCUCUGCUAACUGUUUUUUUCUUCGCCGUGGCUUAUUACGUGAGCAUGGGUUUUUUUUUCUUAAGGGAUGUGCUUAUUAUUUAGGAUGGUUAUGAAGGGGGGGGGGGGGGGAGGAGUAGGUUUGCCCCAAAGGGAAAGGUGCUACGGGAAGUUGUUUCCUAAUUUUACUUGUUUUUCCCGUGAGUGUGUGUGUUUUUACUCCUACCACACGGUCUCUCUCUCUCUCUAUCUCUAUUCUUCUUUCUGGCUAGCAAAAAAGGGCACACAAAUGUGCAUUAGAAGGAAAUUAAUUUCGAUUACACGUUCUUUUUGAGGGGUUUUCUUUUCUUUCCAUGGACCCGAUUGAGGAGCGUACGUGUUCUUCCAAAUGUUUUGUACCGUGUAAGCUAUUUAUUGUCCAUUAUCGAUUUACGGAACGAGCGCAACCAUUAUUAGCUGUAAGGGCGCAUUUUGUAUUUAUUUAUUUGCGAGCAAACGCAACCGCAGUCCGUCCAAAGCUGUACAUAGUGUAAAAUAGUCCAAUAAAAUACGAGUAAGUUACAACGAACAAAAACAAAUUAUUUUGCUCAUGUGUUUUCAUAUAUAAUUUAAAUUUAAGCAGGAAAGAAAGAACUAUAAAACAUUAAGAAUAAAAUAGUCUUGAAGAAGUGUCUGUUUAACAGUGUGAAAGUUUAUUUAAUUAUUUUCUCUUACUAAGUUAGUUAUAGUUUAUUGAAAGACAAAAAAGAGCCGU